AUGAUACCCGCAGGACAUGAAGACAUUGCGGUGAACUUAGAAGUGUGCGACCAGGUGCGUGCGAGAGCGGUGGACCCGAACGAAGCGAUGCAGGCGCUCAAAGCGCGCAUCGAACACAAGAACGCCAAUGUGCAAAUGUUGGCGCUUGGCAACGGGGGUGACCAUUUUUUUGCGCAGGUGGCGUCGCCAACGUUUAUGGAUCCCAUCUCCGCGACACUGCGCCUCCGGAGGCCGUUGGUCCCCGAUGUAAGGAGCAAACUGCUGCGCUGUCUGCAGGACUGGCGGUAUUUGGCAGCAUCCAAGCCCGCCGAGCUGGGUUACAUUGUGCAGAUCGCCGAGCAAGUGGAGCAAGCUGGAAUCGAGUUGCCAUCGCCGGAUCCGAAUACAGUCGCUGCAGCGCGCGUCUUUGCAGACACGUUAGCAGCACCUGAAUGGUCAUAUGGGAACGUGUGCACUAAAUGUCGCUCUGAAUUUACCACAUUUUUGCGCAAGCACCACUGCAGGAACUGUGGUCGCGUCUUUUGCUACGCGUGUGCGGACAAAACAAUGUCGCUCCCUUGGUACGGCAUUGGCCAAGAUGUUCGUGUGUGCGACGGGUGCUACAAUCGGGAAGGGCCAGCAUCGACCCAAAAUACAAAGGAAGCAAUACCACCGAAGCCGAGGCCCACACAGAAGCGGAUGCGAAAAGAGGAUCAGGACUUGGAAAAGGCGAUUCAGCUAUCGCUCCAGGAGAGCAAAGCAGCACCCAUGCAGAAUACCCAGCAGGAGCCAGUUCAGUGCGCUGCACAUGCGCAGGGGCCCAGCGAUGCCGAUGAUCCUGAGCUCGGAGCGGCGAUAGCAGCUAGUUUGCGCGAAAUGGAGCGCACCGCACAAAUUAUGGAAACGCACCCUAAAAAGCGCACUGCAGGAGAUUUGGGUGGCGUUGCUCCGCGCGCGCAGGCUCCAGCGAAGAGCGCACUGGAGCUUGCGUCGCAAGACGUGGACAAUGUGCUCACUUUUUCACAGACGGUAUUGCAGCCUGCCGCGCCGUGGAAACGGAAUGUGGCUAUAGACGGCGUGCCACGCCCUGUACAAAAUAUGUGUGAAAAGGCUGCGUCAUCGCACUUGCGUGUGGUGCGCAACAUGGAUGAAGGAAACCGCAGACUUUAUGAACUCGUCGGGCUGCACGAAAAGCUAUCUGAAGCUGUACGUAUGUACAUUGGGCUGCUGGACGUGCAUGGAGACACUUUGAAUCAAACUUCUGCUGCCCCACCGCUGCGCACGAGCGCAACGCCGUCUUCCGCUGCGAUUCCUGCCGUGCCACAAGCGGUGCCACAAGCGGUGCCACAAGCGGUGCCACAAGCGAAUGUGCCGCCGACGAUGCCAUCUGCACCGCCUUUGGAACCGGGCUCGGACACGAUGGAUGCGCCGCUUGUGCCACGCUUUCCCAUGGUACCAUCUGCACCUGUGGAACCCCCUGCAGAUCACAGCGAAACGGCCCAGGACGUCCCACUGAUUGAAUUGUAA